AUGACUCUUAUGUCUAAGCUCUUUUGCUAUUUUGAAGACGAUGUCGUUGAUGAUGAUGAUGAUGAUGAUAAGAUCCUACGCGAAUUUAUAUUUUUUCUUUUUAAGUUAUGUGAGUUAUCAUCUUAUUUUGCUGGAUAUCAAAUGGCACCAAGUGUAUGCCAAAAUUUAACUGGUCAUAAUAUUGAUGGUGGUAAAACGAAUGCAAUAACAGCAACAAGAACAAAUUGUGAAGCACAAAUUGUGAAUGGAUCCCCAAAAUUAGUUCAAGCGACAAAUAUUGCAUUAACGAAAAAAAUGACAGGAGAUACUUCAGUACCAUGGCAACAACAUUUUACAACAAAGGAAAAUCAAAGACCACCGGUAUUCAAUCCGGAAGACUAUGCAUCAUCAUUGAAGAAAUAUGGUAAAAGACAAUUAGGCACAAACAUUAAAUCAAUUUAUGAGACAUUAGAUUCAGCUGAAAAAUUACAAGAUUCAUAUAACAGAUAUGCUACAUUACCAGCAAAAUGUUCCGAAUACAAGAGCCCCAUUCCAUCACCCCCGGAGACUGAAUCUGAAAUGACUCUACGACAAUUUGGUUCAAUCACAGAUUUAUUAAUAAAAUUGCGAGCUGACCUAAGACAAUCUUUUCCCAGUUUUGUGCAAGAAUUCGUUUCGCCACCAUUAGAUGGCGUUAGUCUUCUUUUAGAAGUUUUACGUGCAAUACAACUAAGUCAAUCUUUGAAUUCACAACAUCAUAACUCGCAACAAAACCCUACGGCAUCUAUGCCAAGGAACACACAAUCUUAUCAUCGUAGAGCCUUACUUGAUGAACUAGCAUGUUUGCAAUGUUUAAGUAUUUGUUGUUGUCGUUCUCCAGAGGCAAGUUCUAGAUUGGGUUCAACGCCAGUAGGUUUAUUACCACUUGCAGCUUCGGCUACAGGACAAGGAAUACGUUCAAGAAUUUUAGCAUUACAACUUUUAACAGCUGCUUGUGAUAGAUGUUCAGCAGCACAUCAAACACAACGAACACUUCUAAAUGGUCAUGCUGCUGUUUCAGAAGCUUUAUCAACUUUAAGACUGAGAUGCGGAGAGCCAGUUCGUUUCCGUUUAUUAAUCGGAAUGUUAAAUAGUGGUGGAGGCUCCGGAGAAUUACAAGCAUAUGGAGUAAAAUUUUUAAAUACUUUUAUAGAAAGUGCAGAAAAUUUGCAAAAUCGUUUAUAUUUACAAGCAGAACUAUUUCAAGCUGGUUUUGAUCCAAAUAACAUGACGAAAACAAUUUCUUCAACGUCUCCUUGGCUAGAAAAACUUAGGGCGGAGAUCAGACAUUUUGAAGAAAUUCGAAUUGACGUAGAUAAAUUGCAAUCUUUGGCAAGAGAGUCUGAAAGAAUUCGUAGUCAGAUGGUAAUAUUAGAAAGACGAGUACAGAUUCUGCAAGAAGAAAAGUCUGUGCUAACAUCAAUGGAACGUCGUCUUCAAGAACGAUGCGCUGAGCUUCAACGUCAAGUUUUUCGUCUCCAAGGUGUUCAAAAUGAUACAUUACGUAGUUUGGAUAAACGACCAGUUGCACUUCCACGCCAUGUACCACCCAAUAGUAAACAAAGCUCAUCAGAGCAUGAAGAUGAAGGGAUAAGUAGUUCGGAAACAGGGCCCUCAUUAAGUCCUGUUCCAAUAUUAGUCUUACCUCAAAAUAAUUCUCUGAGUAUUGUACUAGCAGAUGGCGAUGAAAAAUUUGAUUCAAAAGAAAAUGAAAUAUCAGAUUCAGAGAAAGAUCCUAAUUCAAUGAGGAAUAUUAAUAUUGAACAAUUAAAAUAUAUUUCGACAUCAAAAGAACAAGAAAUUGUACCUGUUAAUUUGUUGCCACAACCGCCAAGAAAGUCACGUUCUCUAGCACAUCUACUCUCAAAUGGUGGUUCUGAUUUAGAUCCAUCUGAAUAUGGUAUGCUAUUAAUACAAAAUAAUAAUCGUAAUAUGUAUUUUGAUGAUAUCGAAUAUGAUCCAGAAAAAUCAUAUCAACCACAUAGUGAUGAAGAAUCUCGAGAUCAUAUGAAUCACCAUAAUGGUCAUCAUAACCAUCAUCAAUUAUCUCAAACAAUUAAUUCAAGUACAAAUCGUGAAAUAUUAGAUGUUAUAAUGAGAGCACGCGAAAAUGAAGAUGAUCCAACUAUGAAUGCAUUAAGAAGAGCACAAACAAUAACACCUAUACAAAAAUCAAAUUCAACUACAUUUAUUCAAAGCCAACAGCAACAACAACAAUAUUAUCACCAUCAAUAUCAAACUGUUAAUACAAGUAGUAGUAUUGUUCAUAGCCAACAUCAUUUACAAUUACAAAAUCAACAACCAUCGCUGCCAACUCUACCACCACAACAGUUUAAUGGGGUUUUCUUUAUGGCAGAAAUGAAUAGACCACAAAAAUAUCCAAAACCAGAUAUUACAAAUGCUAUCCAAACCCGAAGGAUUACAAAAAGCUUAGAGAGAAUUGAAUCUUGUGCACUUGAUUCAAUGGUUGAUAUUGUUACAAAUGGUCCAAUGGAAAAAUCACUUAAUAAUCCACAAAUAUAUUUUGGAACAUCACCAACAUUAAAAAUUGGUUCUAAUAGUAGUAAUAUUAUAGCUGGUAAUAAUAACAACAACUGUAGUAAUAACUGUACAAAUCAAAUGGUUAAGGAACAAGCAACAACAUCGAGAACAAAAUCACAUGCAGGUUCUAAAGUUACUGAUAUCCCAUCAGGAUUAUAUUAGUAAAAUAAGAUUAUAAUAUAAAAAUAAAAAAAAAAAUAAUUAUUAAUUUUGAAAUAAAUUGUUUUAAAUACUGAAUUAUUAUCAAAUAAUUUAAAUUAAUGUUCUAAAUUAAAACUUCUCUACUUUAAUCCUGUACAAUGUAAAAUGUAAAUCCUUCAAUCAUAUUAUUAACUAGUGCAAUAUACUUCUAAACAAAUCUUCGGGAAUUGGGUAAAUUUAAUUUUGUUUAUAAAUACCGCAAUUAAAUUUUGGGUAAUCUUUUUUUUUAUUUAACUUUAUAAGUGUUAAGUGUUGCUGACAAUUUUGCACAAGAGUUAAAAGUUCAAUUUAAUUUUCAUAAUUAUUAAGUAUAUAGAUUAAUAUAAACAUUAUUAAUUAUUAAAAUUUUUAA